UUUGUUCGAGCUUUACAGCAAACCUGAACCCGCAGCUCCUUCGAGCAAGAAAAAAUGGAGUAGGCAACACCACGGAGAAAGCAGCAAGAACCCUGCGGCAGAAAAAGAUUGGACCGGGGAUCCUCCAGUGCCAAUUCCUUCCAAGGAAAUAACACCUCCUCCAGCUCCCCUCGACCAGACGUCUCCCUAGCCCCCGUCAACCAAACCCGUCCUCCAGCACCUCCUGACCAGACACCUCCUGAUCAAACAGGAGACGUCUUGACAAACAUCGUGCUUAGUUUGGCCAAAGAUAGGAUGAUUAAACUGUUGCGGCACCGACAUAACCGAGAAGCCAUCAUCGGUACCGACUCCAUCGAGGGAGUUCUAACUAUGACCGCCAGCUGGCGCCGCUUGGGAGCCCUGAUCGCUCAACUUCAUGCAUUCGAGGUUAACACAUGCUGAGGAGCUCAAGACGACUGAGGCCAAAUAUACCGAGCAACUCAAAGGAGUCGAGAAGACAAACACCAAACUGCUCGAGCAGAAGGCCAAGUUGGCUGAAGAACUGGACCAGUUCAAGGAUGCCCUGACCAAAGCCAUUGGAGAAAAAGAGAAGUAUAAGGAGGCUUCUGUACUUAACUUCAGGGAAGACACCAAGCUCCAAGAUGAUCUGGUCAUAAGAAGAAAGGAGAUUGAGGGGUUGGAGGAGCGCAUCAAAGAGCUCGAGGAGACCAAUGCCAGCAAUCUGGAGAGGUACAAGGGAGCCAUUUUCAAAUGCUUCUAUGCAUUCUGGAACCAUAACCGUGAGGCAGACUUCAGCUAUCUCUCAGAGCGUAUGAGGCAAUAUGAGAUAAACAGGUGCCUUGCUUGCCUUGAAGAGGAGGAGAGAGCGAAAGUCCCAGCCUCUCCCGAAAUCUCCUUGGCUACGAGCAUUGAUGGCGUGGAAGAGGAAAUUGGGGCCUCCUUUGACCAAAAAACUCCUCAAGACCCUCCCGCUUCAUAAUUUUUUUAUGUUUUUAUUUAACUUUGUAAUUUGGGACACCCGGACCUUGGUUCAUAGUGUCGAGACAAUUCAUAUUUUUAUUGUUGCACGUGCAGCUUUUCCUUUUAACAGACAAUUACAUCAAAGCAGUAACUGCUCACGGUGUAAAGGAUUUCUCUUUUGAUAUUAUAAUACUUUAACUUUAUAACAUCUGUUAGCAUGACCAGACUUAGCAUAACACUUUGGUUUGAUUUAACAAAA